GAAGAGUUUCUGAAAUUGUGUGGAUAACGAACACAGCAAGCAAGCAAGAAGAUCAACAGUUGAAUUGAGGAGCUGCUGCUGCGGAUGCUGUGCUAAUGUAACUGUAGUGGCGUGGAUGAUGUUGUUUUGAGUUCUGAUUUCAUCCGCUAUGAGUAUGGGAUUGAGCUCGGAUUCUUCUUCUUGUGCUUCUCCUGCCGCUUUAGAGUGGAAGUUCUCCCAAGUCUUCGGCGAUAAACUCCCCGGAGAAGAUGUUCAGGAUAUUGAUAUUAUUUCGGCAAUUGAAUUCGACAAGAAUGGAAGUCACAUGGCCGUAGGCGAUAGAGGCGGACGCGUUGUUAUUUUCGAGAGCAAGGGUGGUAAAGAUGACUUACUUGAGUUCACUUCACGGAAUGAGUUGGAGCGACUUGAUAGUGUUGUUUCUAAACAUCCUAAAUUUCAUUACAAAACUGAGUUCCAAAGCCACGAGCCUGAGUUUGAUUAUUUGAAGAGCAUUGAGAUUGAAGAAAAAAUCAAUAAAGUGAGAUGGUGCACGACACCAAAUGGAUCAUUGUUCAUUCUUUCAACAAAUGAUAAGACUAUCAAAUUAUGGAAGGUCAAGGACCGUGACGUUAAACGAGGCAAUGAAAUGGAUAGCAGUCAAUCUGUAUCUUCAGAGAAUGCACUCUUAGCUGAAAAGAGUUUUAUUAAUGGAAAAAACCAGUAUUCUGCCAGUGGCCAUUCUUUACAACUGACAGAAAAAAUGGGGAAUGGUGUAUCCUCUUAUGAUGGAGGGAAUAGCAAGAUAGCAUGCUUAGAAGACUCUACUCUUGCAAGAUGUAGAAGGGUGUACGCGCAUGCUCAUGAUUUCAAUGUCAACUCUAUCUCAGUUAAUAGUGACUGCGAGACAUUUCUUUCAGGAGAUGACCUAAGAAUAAAUUUGUGGAAUCUCGAAGUGAGCAAUCAGUGCUUUAAUAUCAUUGACAUGAAGCCUGCAAAUAUGGAAGAUCUUUUAGAGGUGAUCACAGCAGCAGAAUUCCAUCCAUCUCACUGUAAUCUGCUGGCUUACAGCAGUUCAAGGGGAUUUAUUCGACUUGUAGACAUGAGACAAUCAGCGCUAUGUGAUCAUACUGCAAGGAUAUUGAAAGAUGAGGAAUCCCAUGGGCCGAAAUCAUUCUUCACUGAGAUCAUUGCAUCAAUAACUGAUUUGAAGUUUGCAAAUGAUGGAAGGCAUAUUUUAAGCCGUGAUUAUAUGAAUCUUAAGCUUUGGGAUAUGAAUAUGGAUGCUGGUCCAGUUGCAACAUUUAGGAUUCACGAGAAUCUAAGGCCUAAGUUGUGUGAUUUAUAUAACAACGAUGCAAUUUUUGAUAAGUUUGAGUGCUGCGUCGCCAAAGACCGCCUUAAUUUUGCAACUGGAUCUUACAGCAAUCUUCUGCGUAUAUUUUCUUGUGGAAGUGGGAGUGAAGAAGGGGUAACCAUUGAAGCCAGUAAAACUCCAAAUAGAAAGCNACAUGUCCAAACCACAUCAAGACCCCGACGAUCAUCUUUGAGCAACUUGGCCAGAGGAUUUUACCGACAAGGAUACGACAAUCACAGUGCACGAAGUAAUGAUUUCUCCUAUGAUUUCAAUUCUAAGUUGCUGCAUGUGGCAUGGCAUCCAACAACUAAUAUGAUUGCCUGUGCUGCUGGAAACAGUUUGCUUAUGUACUAUGCUUAACGUAAAUAACAACGUAGAGACAGGCCUAGAUGGUUAUACCUUAUACAUAGUUUUAAAAUGCCAAACCCUCACAGCCUACCACGCUGGACUUGAACCUUGGACUGCGUUGGGUUUGCUACACUGUUCUGAAAUGACCUCUAUUGUAUAAAAGUAGCUUCUGAUGAUAUUGGUUUGGUAUACAUGAUCAUGCGUGUGUCUGAAGAUGA